AUGACAUUAGUAAUGACGACCAAGGUAAAAUUUGAGAUAAGUAUUGUGGCAAACUCACUUCUUCUCAGCUCAGUAUGGCAUAUGCUAUACGUAACUCCUGCACCGCUAUCUUUCUUUGCUGCCAUUCGCACUCAUAUUCGCUCGUUCCUGCGACUGGGUUUCGGUAGCCCUGGCUGGCCGCUUCUCUGUCUGCCACGCAAAUCAGGCGGUUUGGGCCUGAUUGAUCCUGAUCAUCAACAACGAGCUCUUCAAUUGCGCUGGAUUCUCCCUAUCUUGCAUUCUCACUCUUUUUCUUCUACUUCCUUUAUACUGCCAUACCUCAAAUUUAUACAUCCUCUAAACUUUCGCGCUCCUUCUGCCAGUAUUGCACUUUUGUUUCCCUGUAGUAGUGCAACUUGCCCGACUUCACUUCUUCCACUGCAUCGCGCUUGUACCUCACUUCUUCCAGCUUCUCUCCCAUCCAACUUGCAAUUGCCGCCAACUGUGGUCCAACACUUCCCAUUAACUUCAAUAUGGAUGAACGUGCCACCCUUUGUUGACUCUUCUCUGAACCUGAAAACAAUUCUGGUUUCUGAAGCAUUUUCUCUGGAGACUGAUGACCGUCUUGUCCGCAAGGUUCGUGGUACGUUUUCUCGGGCACGUAAUCGUAUCGGUCAUUUCUUCCAACAGAUUGAUUCUGGCAGGAUGGUCCUCUGUCCUUGGUUUAUCUCUUGCCUUGAACAUCGACCUUCUACUGACACCCCUUCCCCCGAUCUUUCCUCACUUCUUUCUUUGGUACGGUUGGACAACACUAGUUUGGGUAAAGCUAGCACCGGAUCUCUUCGACGCCAUCUUCGCCCGCAAUGUAAAUUCUGGUCUGUCUCUAUCCCCCACCACUGUCGCACAGUCUGGUGGAAAAUGCUUUGGGAUAGAACGCCAACCCGAAAACGUCUCAAUCUAUUUAUACCUCGACGCUUCCCCAGCUCAUCUUGCAUCUUUUGUCAAGAUGCUACUGAAGAUCAGUAUCACUUUUUCUUUGGCUGUUCUAUCAAAUGUCAGGUGUGGAACGUCAUUCUCUCUCGCUUUUGCCCGGCCUGGAACCUUGCUGAAAUCUGCCUUCUCCUUACCAGAGGCAGCUUCCCACCACGUUCCUCUCAUCAAGGCCUUUGGAUUCUCCUUUCCGCUGUCACUGCCAAAGCGAUUUGGAGUGCUCAUUGGAAAUUUGUUUUUGAUGACCAACCCUUUCUGUCAGGCGUUGUGGCACAAAAAGCGUCCACUGUAAUAGAAAAACACAUCGGUACACUAGCUUAA